AUGAGCUGCAGCAUCAAGAGAUCAUCCAGCACCUCGUACAGGAGCGGAGGAGGAGGUGGAGGCGCCUGUGGUGGCAGCAGCGGCCGCAGCUCCUCCGUGUCCUGCCGGCGCUACGCCUCCUCCGUGAUCGGCGGUGGCAGCUACGGCGGGGCAGCCUGCGGGGGCUACGGGGGCGGCCUGAGCAUGGGCGGCCUGGCCGGGGGCUUUGGCGGGGGCUUUGCGGGCAGCUGUGGCCCGGGGGGGGACCUGCUGCUCAGCGGCAAUGAGAAGGUCACCAUGCAGAACCUCAACGACCGCCUGGCGGCUUACCUGGAGAAGGUGCGAAGGCUGGAGGAAGAGAACGCCCAGCUUGAGCACCACAUUCGGGAGUGGUACAGGAAACAAGCUCCCAAUGUUUCCAAGGACUACAGCUCCUACUACCAGACCAUUGAACAACUCCAAAAUCAGAUUAUUUCUGCCACUGUGGACAACAACAGAAUGCUUCUGGACAUCGAUAACAGCAAGAUGACUGCCGAUGACUUCCGAAUGAAGUAUGAGAAUGAGCUGGUCAUCCGUCAGACCGUGGAGUCUGACAUCAAUGGCCUGAGAAAUCUCAUGGAUGACCUGACUCUGGUUAGAUCUUCACUGGAAUCUGAGCUGGAGACCUUGAAGGAUGAGCUGAUUGCUCUGAAGAGAAACCAUGAGGAGGAAAUGAGGCAGCUCCAGUCCCAAACUGGUGGCGAUGUGAGCGUGGAGGUCAAUGCUGCCCCUGGAGAAGACUUGACAAAGAUCCUGAAUGACCUGAGAGAUGAAUAUGAGCAGAUCAUUGCGAAGAACCGCAAGGAGGUGGAGCAGUGGUAUGAGGUCAAGAUCCAAGAAGUCAAUCAGCAGGUCACUUCCAGCAGCCAGGACAUCCAGACAAGCAGCCACCAGCUCACCGAGCUGAGGCGCGAGAUGCAGAACCUGGAGAUCGAACUGCAGGCGCAGCUCAGCACGAAAGGCUCUCUGGAAAACUCUCUGGCAGAAACCGACUCUCGCUACAGCUGCCUGCUCCAACAAAUCCAGGGGCAGAUAAACUGCAUCGAGGAGGAGCUGGCCAGCAUCCGCUGUGAGAUGGAGAGUCAGAGCCAGGAGUACAAGAUGCUGCUGGGUAUAAAAACCCGCCUGGAGCAGGAGAUCCAGCAGUACCGGGCACUGCUGCAGGAGGGGCAGCAGGAUCUUGUUGCUUCCCAAGGAGCUUUCCAAGGAGGUGGAAAAUCCUCCCAGACAUAUUCUGCUUCCUACUCUCAUUCCCAGUGUGGGGAGAUGUCAGGGCAGUCAAGAGUGUGCUAGAGCACCAGGAGAGACCCUGGCACCAUCCAGCUGAGAUGCACCGACCAUGGGCGGCAAGAGACACCCGAGAGUUUCUGCAGCAUGGCCAAGGCAGCAGGAGGGGUUUGGAAGAUGAGCCUGGUCACCUGCCCCAGCACCCCUUCCUUGGCCCUGCAA